AUGAUAGAUGACAUUCUGGUUUUUGGACGCACCCGCCAGGAGCAUGACGCCAGACUGAGCCAGGUGCUAUCUCGUCUUGCAAAAGCAGGCAUCACGUUGAACGAGGACAAGUGUCGCUUUGGGGUAUCCGAGGUCUCCUUCCUUGGUGUUGUCGUCUCAGCUAAGGUUAUCGGGCCGGAUCCAAGCAAGGUUGAAGCGGUCAAAGCUAUGGAAGCUCCCACAGACGUCGCGGGUGUUAGACGACUGCUUGGAAUGGUGAAUCAUCUCGCCAGAUUCCUGCCACACAUCUCUGACGUCACAGCACCCAUCAGAGCCUUGCUGAACAAGUCUGCAAGCUGGGUGUGGCAGCAUGAGCAAGAGGCAGCAUUCAAGAAGGUCAAAGAACUCUUGACGUCAGACAGGUGCAUGGCCAAGUACCACCCGUCGUAUGCCACGACGAGACUACGGCUCAAGACAAUGCAGUACCAGUUUCGCAUGCUGCACGUGCCAGGAAAACUGUUAGCAACAGCAGAUACCUUAUCACGUAUCACCCACAAGGCAUCCACUCCUGUGGACACGGUGGAACUCUUCGCAGCACAAGUAGUCAGCUGCAUGUCCGAAGUCUUGCCACUCAGCCCCGAAGAUGUACGACAGGCACAAGAAUCCGAUGGAGAGUGCAAGGCCCUCAUCUCCUUCUGCCAGCGGGGUUGGCCACCAAAGACCAAGCUACCUCUGCAUGUGUCGAUGUACGCCUCCGUGGCGGAUGAGCUCUCUGUCUGCGAAGGUAUCCUACUGAAAGGCCUCCGGAUUGUCAUCCCAUCGUCUCUUCGGCCAGCGGUCUUGACACUGUUGCACGAAGGCCAUCAGGGCAUCAACAGAACCAAUGCCCUAGCUCGGGAGUCAGUUUGGUGGCCGGGUAUCUCAGCAGACAUCGCCUCUCUCGUCGCCAACUGCGAACAGUGCACUUCCACCCGGGUGAACCUUGCAGAACCCCUAGUCUCCACAGCUCUACCUGGACGUCCCUGGGAAUUUCUCGGAAUGGACUUGUUCCAUCUCAAUGGCCAGACGUUCCUCCUGGUGGUGGACUACUACUCGAGGUUUCCCGAGGUGGUGACCCUGAGAAGCACUACAGCUCGGGCAGUCAUCGAUGCUCUCAAAGGCAUCUUCGCACGCCACGGAAUCCCACAAGACGUCAGGUCGGACAACGGCCCACCGUUCUCGUCGCAAGAGUUUGCGGCAUUCGCAGUGUCUUAUGGCUUCAACCAUGCGACCAGUAGCCCACACUACGCCCAGUCAAACGGAGAGGCAGAGAGGAUGCUACGUCCCAACUGGCCGCCUAGGAAAGAUGUUGUCGCCAAGGAUGUAUCCUACAAGCGUAAGCAGACAGACGACUACAAUAGGCAUCACGGAGCUCGAGACCUGCCACCUCUCCAAACGGGUCAGCGUGUGUGGGUGCGCCCUGAUCAAGUGCAAGCUACGGUCCUCAGCCCGGGGCAAAGGCCAAGAAGCUACGUGGUUGAAACAGACCGAGGUGGUGUUCUACAGCGCAACCGCCGUCACCUAGUGCCUUUCGUGCCUUCCGCCUCCGGUGAGGAAUCGCUGCCAACAGCUGCACAGCAACCAUCGCCACCGCAGCAAGUUCUUCAGGAACCUCAGCCUGCCAACAGCAUGGGACCUGCGAUCCCCCAGGGCAGCCUUUGCAACAUUCCAUAG